AUGGAUAUGAAAAAUCUACACUUGGAAUUAUACAUAAUUUACAUUGUUACUUGCGCUAUGCGUAUAUGGAUUUUCAACAAAGAACGGUUGGAUGGCGUCUGGUUAUAUACCAUCUUUAAUAUGAUGAAUAUAUCUGAGAAAGAACUCGUCGGUCGCAGCCUCUAUGUUCUUUAUAAUAAACCUUUUAGUUGUUUAGCACUCUUUCUCAAAUGUCAACAAGUCGCUCUGACGUUGGGACCAACCGAUCAGAAUCUCGACAACUUGUUUCACGAAGAUAAUCUCGAAAUCGCGAAAAACGUCAUCA